AUGGCGAGAUCACUCAUAUGGGGUGCGGCAUUGGCCGCCACGGCGAUGACGAGAGGGGCAUUGGCGACAGAUGUUCUCAAGACCUCAGGCUUUACCAACUGCCAACAGGACUCGGCGAUCCAGGUCAACAAGGUUGAUAUUGAGUACAACAAGGCCGCCGGGACCGUCACCUUUGACGUGUCAGGCUCCAGCAGCAAGGAGCAAAAGGUCAUGGCCAAGCUGAACGACAUUUCCUCCGAGUAUGCCAGUCAGAUCCCAUCUAUCGCUUUCCAGGUCCCCGAUAUUGCGGCCGUAGCUACGCUCGAACUUGUCGCCAUCGAUUCAAACGAGGACGUCGCGUGUAUCACUUCCGAGAUCUCGAACGGCAAGACCACCGAUGUUCCGGCAGUCACUUACGUGGCGGCUGCUAUCGCCGGUGUUGCUUUGCUGAUGGGAGGAGCCACGGCUGCAAGUUCAGCGCUAGCUGGCAGUGCCGGAGCUGGCAGUGCGGCACCAAGCCCCAGCUUCGUCGAGGUCUUUGGCUGGUUCCAAGGCAUGGCCAUGAAUGGCAUGUCGUCUGUCUCACUACCGCAGGUUUACCGAAGCUACUCCAAGAAUUUUGCGUUUUCGGUCGGCCUCAUCCCGUGGACCAAAUUGCAGAUGGGAAUUGACGACUUCCGGGCUGCUACCGGUGGAAAUUUGACAGGGGACAGCGUGCAGUUCCUGCAGAACGCUACACUCGUGUUCAACGAUGGCUCAACCGAAUCCCUUGCUGACGACUCGUCCUCGAAGUUCAAGCGUGCUAUGUCCGCCUGGACUCAGCUCGCGACCAUCGCGACCCGUGAGAUCAGCACCAGCGUCAAUGAGACCGAUUCGUCUGGUUCAUCCGACAGCGGUGUCGAGACUCAGGUGAGGGUUGCCGUGAGUGGUAUCAAAGCCUACGUUGAGCAGCUGAGCAUUCCGUCUUCCAACACCUUCAUGACCGUCCUCUUGAUUGUCGCCAUUGUCAUCGCUUCCAUUGCCGUCAUUAUCCUUCUUGUCAAGGUCAUUCUGGAAACAUGGGCUCUCUUCGGCAGCUUCCCCAAGGGCCUGACAGGUUUCCGAAAGCACUACUGGUUGACUAUGGGUCGCACCAUCACGCAGCUCAUCCUUCUUCUGUACGGCACAUGGGUUCUGUACUGCAUAUUCCAGUUCACUACCGGCGACUCGUGGGCUGCUAAGACCUUGGCUGGUGUGACGCUUGCUCUGUUCACUGGUAUCCUGGCUUUCUUCGGAUACAAGAUCUUCACCACCGCCAAGAAGCUCAAGGAUACGGACGGUGAUGCCAGCCAGCUGUAUGAGAACAAGGACAUUUGGAUCAAGUACAGCCUGUUCUACGAGAACUAUAAGAAGGACUACUGGUGGAUCUUUGUUCCCACUAUCCUCUACAUGUUGGCCAAGGGUAUCAUUUUGGCUGCCGGUGAUCAACACGGAAUGGCUCAGAGUGUUGCUCAGCUCAUCGUCGAAGCUCUGAUGCUCUGCGUUCUUCUCUGGAACCGACCCUUCGAGCGCAAAUCCGGUAACGUUAUCAACAUCACUAUCGCGGUGGUGCGCGUGCUGUCCGUUGCCUGCAUCCUUAUCUUCGUCGACGAGUUUGCCGUUUCCGAGACAACAUCCACUGUUACCGGCGUGGUCCUCAUCGCAAUUCAGGCGGCUCUUACUGGUAUCCUGGCCAUCCUCAUUGCAUGGAAUGCCAUCAUUGCCAUCUGCAAGGAGAACCCUCACCGCAAGCGCAGAAAGGAGAUGGAGAAAAUGCGGGACCUCGACAACCUCACUCCUCUCGAUGCCCGCAACUCACUCUUGUUGGAUCGCAAGGUCUCUCAUCCCGACUCGGACAACUUCUCCGUAGCCAAGACAAAGUUCGACACCAAGGAAAGCUACCGGCCACUGAGCCCAUCGGGCGACGACCAGAGCCACGCCAACUUGGUCACUCAUGCCGCACCACCAGGCGGCUACGAAGACCACUCAGCAGUACCAGCACCGUAUGCCGACAACGCAUACGGACAUGGGCCUUACAGUCAACCAAGUGGCUAUAACCAGCAAACCGGCUACGGUGGCGGGUACAACAAUGGGUACAACCGGGGCUACUAA